CUGGAUAUCGAAGUAUCGGUUGGCGCUUUCGAAUUUGAAAGCCAAACACGCGCAACCGUCAACGGUAUCCAGCGGCAUUAGUGAGUCGGUUUCGGGAAGGAAUGAUUUGUGAGAGAAAGAGUAUCGGGAAUACACAAAAUUUGGAUAAAUUUAGAAAAUUCGUAACGCCACGGCGUGAUUCUUUUUCCGAAAAAUGUCGGACAGCAUAAAGGUUGCUAUCAAAGUGAGACCGCUCAUAAAACGCGAAAAAGAUGACAAUUUGCCUGUGCAAUGGGACGUUCAGGGCCAAACUAUAUUCUGCAUCGAUCCAGAGACAAAACGACGCGGAGAGCAUUCCCACGUUUUUGAUCACAUAUUUGGCAUGGAUGCAGAUAAUGCCCGUGUAUUUGAUGUUGCCGUCAAACCUAUAGUUGAUGCCACUGUCAAUGGAUUUAACGGUACGAUUUUUGCCUAUGGGCAAACAAGUUCUGGAAAAACGUAUACUAUGAUGGGUACGCAAGAAGAGCCAGGAAUCAUACCAAUGGCAGUUGAAAAUAUAUUCGAUGCUAUUGCCAAUACUUCAACACGGGAAUUCUUAUUACGAGUGUCAUACUUGGAAAUAUACAACGAGAAAGUAAACGAUCUAUUGCACAAAGAUGGAACAGAUUUGAAGAUUCAUGAAGAUUCAAAUGGUCAAGUUAUUGUCAAUUGUAAAGAGGAGGUAACCAACUGUCCUCAAAAUGUGUUAUCCAUAAUGAAGAAGGGUGAGAAGAAUCGAAGGUUCGGAGAAACAAAUAUGAACGAUAGAAGCAGUCGUAGUCACACAAUAUUUAGGAUUACCAUUGAGAGCCGAGACGCAGCUUCCAGUUCUGAUGGUGCAAUUCAGGUUUCACAAUUAAAUCUAGUUGACUUGGCAGGCUCAGAAAGGGUUCGUCAAACAGGGGCAACUGGUGAUAGGUUUAAAGAAGGACGUCAUAUUAAUUUGUCUUUGACUUCAUUAAGCUUAGUAAUCAAGCAGCUAAGUGAAUCUAAGGAAUAUGUCAACUUUCGCGACAGUAAACUGACCAGGAUUUUACAAGCUUCUUUAGGAGGUAAUGCAAUGACGACUAUUAUUUGUGCUGUUACGCCGGCAGCUCUUGAAGAAACACAAUGCACAUUGUCGUUUGCAACGCGAGCGAAGUGUAUUAAAAACAAGCCUAAACUGAACGAAGUAGUGUCUGAUGCCGCAUUGUUGAAACGGUUCGCUAAAUUAAUAGAAAAACUUUCUUCAGAACUUGCACAAGAACGACAAGCAAAUAGAUGCGGAGAAGUUAAAGAAAUGGAGUCUAAGCUUCAAGAAAAAGAUCAGUACAUUCAACUCAUAGAAGAUCGAAUGCAACUAUUGAAAACAAAAAUCGUAUCAUCCGCUAAUUCGGUAGAAAAUCUUGACUUCAAAACAAAAUCUCGACGAAGGAGAACUUGGUGUGGGCCCUCAAAUCCGAGUUUUCUUAAUCAUAGUGGGAUGUUACCUACUAUACAAGAGUUACCUACUACAGAAAAUACCAUAUCAGAUUGGAAAGCGGCACAGUCCACCAAAAAUCGGACCAUAAUACAAGCACCGCUGAAUAAUAUAAAUGAAAUAGAAUUCCAAACUAAGAUGGAAGACUUUGAACUGGAACUAAUUGAGAGUGAACGAAACUGGGAGAUGGGAAGAUUUUCAUCUGACAGUGAAGAUCUAGAAGACAACUACUAUAUUACGAAACGAAAGCGUGGUGGAGAUCAUGUUAAGUUUCUUGACGAUGUGUCAGUAUACCCAUUCGUUGACAAUGAAAGAAUCGCUAGCUCUCCAGAGAUGCCUGAACUUUCAACUCCUCCUCAAAGACGAGGAGAAGAAGAAGAAGACACUGGUACGCCAAAGGAAGUUCUAAGGGAUAGAAUAGCCAAUCUAGCUAAUGAAUAUAAAACACUCCAAGAAUUCACAACAUUAGAAAAACAGCUUUACACCACAGAAACAGUUGAAACGACAGAUUCAGUGCAAUAUGAAAUUAAAUACUUUGAACUGGAAUCUAAAUACAAUGCUGCAAUACAAGAGAAUGAAGUAAUAAAAAAACGACUUGAAUCGUUAUGUAGAAUAGAAGAGAGCCACAAAUUAAUAGAAUCAGAGAAAAAUCAACUCAAAAUGGAUAUGGAGGAAAAACUUGUAAGGUUAAAAAAAUUGGAAGAAGAAAGAACUGACUAUGAAUGCCAAAUAGAGUUACUAAAAUCAAAACACAAAAUGCGUGAGAAAGAGUUGGAAACGUCACUGCAGAUCGCAUGGACGGAUUCUGCAAACGUAGCUGACAAUCAAAAGUCUACGACUAGUCACUUGCAAUCUUUGGUUGAUAAUUUAAUGAAGGAAGUUGAAGCUCUAAAAGAGAAACUAGAAACCAAUAAAAUAUCGUCAGCACCCGAAGUAUUAUCGACAGAGGUUGAACAAAUGAGGAAAACUGUAGAGGAGUAUGAUAUUUUGAUUGAAACUGAGCGAAGAGACAAAAGAAAAUUAAUCGAAGAGCUGGAAGAACUGAAAAAGUCAUUAGAUCGUCAAUCACUCAUCAAUCGCAGUAUAACGCUAACCAGAAAUGACAAAUCUCUCAAUCCAUGUGAAAGGUCAUCAUCUAUAAAUGAAAAUAAUUUUAACACGAGUGAGUUAUCUGAGAAAGUAAUUUGUGAAAACCUUUGUGACUCUGUCCAUAUGGAUGCAGUACAAUUGAACUUGAAUAGUACCGAGAAUGAGCAAAAUUUUGCAGAGAUCACCCCAUUAGAAUUCAAAAAAAUGAACUUGGAAUUACGAACAACUUCGAACGCAAAAUGCUUGGAACUUGAAUCAAUUGAGAUGCAUAAAUAUGAAAACGAGAUACAAAAUCUGAAAAGUUACAUAGAAAAUUUGGAACAUUUUAUUAAAAACAUUCAAACUGAAAAUGAAGAUCUUAAAAAUCAACUGCAUAAUCAAUCACAGAAUUUAGAGGACAAUAUUGAUGAUAUCAAGAAGAGACUAAUCCAGCAGGAAAAGAUAACUGACACUUUGGAGAAGGACAAAAACACUUUGACACAAUGUAUCGGGCAACUUUCACAAGUGAAAUCUGAGUCGAUUGUGACUACUAAAUCCGACUCUGUCGACAAGCCGAAAAGUAGUAACGAGAAAGAGGAUACUGAAGAUUAUAGCAGUAUAUUUACUAAUGCUAGUUAUUUCGAUGAAAUGGAUGUAUCACUCACACAAGACACUACUUUACUGAAAGAAAUAACUGGUAAUGGGUCGUAUUUCGAAGAUGAUAAAACAGCGUGUAAUGCAACAAUGGUAGAAAACACUAUUUCAGAGUUGGAAGAUUCAAACAAACAUCUCGAAGUCAUAAAGACCGAUCUUUCGAGCACGUCGAUGGCUGGGGAAGACAAUCUUUCGUACAGUGAUAUUAUAAACAAAUUACAUAAAAUAACGAAUGCAAAGAUGUUACUUGAGGAUAAAAAUGCAAAAAUAGCAAUGGAACUUCAAUUAAAAAUUCAAGAGUCUGAUGAAAUUAAAAAUGAUGUCCAAGGCUUGAGACUGGGCAUUGAAAAAUUGCAACAAACUAUUCAUUUGCUGACCACAGAAAAUAUGGAGAUGUCCAAUAAACUAAGCCUCGAAAAAGAUCGUGCCAGAGAAGUGGAAGCCCAAUAUCAGGAACAAAUUGAAGACCUUCAUCGUCGCAUAUCGAAAAUUGAUGAGGAUAAAGUGAAUUUGGAAAAUCAAUUGAAGAUAUCUCAGGAAAAUUUGGUAAAUUCACAAAACACCUCACUACCUAAUAUGGAAGAUGAGGCCAGAGAAAAGAUUAUGAUGUAUCAGGAAAAGAUUGAUUUGUUGACAACGGAAAAUAUUGAACUAUCCACAAACCUGAUGGAUAGAAUAGAUGAACUUGACAAACUCAAAGAAGAUCAAGUUCUUUUGCACAAUCACAAGUGCUCAGACAUAGAUGCUGUUCAAGAAUUAAGGGUACAACUGGAGAGUAUAACUCGAGAAAACACAGAGCUUUCGAAAAACCUGAUGGAAAAAAUUGAAGAGUCAGACAGUUUAAAGCAUGCCUAUGAGUUGUUGGAGAAAACCUUGGCGACACCUGUGAAAGACAUGUUCCCUGAAUUAAAAAAUGAAAGUGAUCGCUGUCUAAGAAAUACCGAAGCAGGAUCAUCUGCCGGGGCUGUUACGUCACUGCAAAAGAAAGAACAGUUUGAAGCGGCAAGCCAGACUGAGAACUGUGAGGAAUCUCAAAUCAAUAUCGAGGAUUUGAAAUUUAGUUUGGCCAAACUCAGGGAAGAAAAUGUUUCCUUACUUAAUAAAGUAGAAGCCUUGCAGCACGAAGCAAUUGCUCUGAAAUCUGAGUUAUUGACAAAUGAUAACGGACUAAAGGAAGAACUGGAAUUAGCAAAACAAUGUAUAACUAAAGAAAUCGGAUUUUUAAAACCCGGACUUGAAAUCUCAACUUUAUUGACCAAAACGGUGGGUGAACUUCUGAGAGAUUUCAUCAAAAUAAUCAUGACAAAAGAACAAGAAAUUAUUACGAAGGUAAAAGAAGAUUUCAAGCAGGAGAGGCAAAAUAUGGAGGAUCAAAAAAGUCAAAGUGCAGACGCUGUACGACGAACCACAAUUUGGGCCAACGAAUUAGAAGCUGAUAUUGAAAAACUGCAAACUGAGAUAUCCCAACAAGAGAAAGUGAACGUGACAUUAAAGUGUGAGAUUGACAGAUUAGAAAAUGACUUGAAAGAAAGCAAUCAUGAAAAGCAAUUACUUCAAGAGAAAAUUGGAGUCUUAGAGAAUGAUUUCAUGAACUUGCAGAUAGAAUUGAGUAAACAAUCUAAUUCUAAUAACAAGCAAGAUGAAGAGGUAAAUGCUAUACAGGAACGGGAACGGAUAGCUCUAGCUGCUUCGAAAAAUCGUGAACUUGAACUUCAAAACAGUAUUAAAUCUGUGAAGGAUCAACUGAAUCAAAAAAUAGAGGCGUUAACAUAUGCACUAGAACAACAAAGAACAAAAAAUCUUGACCUCAAAAGUAAUCUGGAAGGACUCCAAGCCACUGAAAGUCAACUGAAAAGUAUCAUUGAUCUAAAAUCUACAGAGCUGAUAAAAUUGCAACAACGUGUAGUAACGUUAGAAAUGGAGAAUGCACAAAUGAUACUUGUACGUAACCAAUUAAAUGAAGAAAAUGAAAACAAAACCAAGCAUAUUGAAGAAAUCACUAGUAUUUUAAAAAUUAAAUGUGAUGAAAUGUCUGAGUACAAAACUAAACUGGAAUCAAUUGUACCUGAAUGUGAAAUAUACAAAGAGCAAAUUAAGGAACGAAAACAGUAUGCCGAGAAAUGUAAGCAUGAGUCCGAACAGUUCAAACAGGAAGUCGAAAAAGAAUUGAAUCUUCUUAAUGACAAACUCUGUGAUGAAAAAAUUAAAAACGGUAGCUUGCUCAGUCAACUCGCCGACUUGAACGACAAAAAUAAAUUACUAACAUCAGAAAUAGAGGAACAGAAAGAGAGGUGUGAAGAAUUGGAAAAAACUAAUGAAAAAUUAAAUAAAAAAGUGCGGAACAGUACAAGUAAUUUUAAGGUCGAGGCUCAAAUAGAAGAUCUAAAGGAUCAAAAUGAGAUGUUACGAAAUAACGCAGAAGGUGCGAGCAACAGAAUAACUGAAUUACUGGAAGUUAAAAAUUCAAUAACAAAAGAUUUCGUCUCUUUACAAGAAAAAUAUAGAAUUUUACUAGAAGAGAAAAGCGAACUAGACCAACUUAUUGCAUCCAACAACAGAAAAUCUGCUUCAUCUGACUUGCAGUUGUCAGAAAUAUGUAACCAGCUCGAAAGCCAGAUACUAGAAAAAAAAAAGAUUUCCUUGGAAUUGGAAGCCACAAAAGUAAUUGUAUCACAAAAAGACAAAGAUCUUACAAUUGCCAAACAGGAAAUCGAAAGGCUCAAUCUUGCCAAUAAAGAACUUGACCAAGAGGCAGAGGAACUCGCUCAAAAGAUACAGGAAGACCUUGCUGAAAUUGAGAAACUUCGGAAUGAACUUUUUGAUUCGCAAAAUAAGUUGAAAUCAAUAUCGACUAACGUCACAGAUAAAAUCGAAGGAAAAGAAGAAGGCAGAGGCAGAAAAUCAUUCCAAGAUGUGGCUGCAGUAGAGGUACUCAUUCAGCAGAAUAAAGAACUCCGCCAAGAGCUUGAAACCCUAGGCAUAACAACUGAUUUCUUACGGAAAGAAAAUGUAGAGCUUAAAGCCAAGGUUGCAGAACUUGAGUCACAAAGUUACAAUAACUCCAGAAGUACGUUACUUGAAGUUGCAAAUUCCUCAUCUAAUGCAUUAUCUACCGAUCAGUUACCUUCGUUAGCUAAAAAAGUUCGCGAAAUGGAACUGGAAAUAGUCUCCAAAAACGGAAAAAUAGCGACUUUAGAGUUGCAAAUACUAAGUGAAAACUUUCCGUACCAGAAAAAGUGUAGAGAUUUAGAGGAAAAUCUUUCUGCUUUUAAACAUAAGAACGCCAUUUUGAAGGAGGAAGUGAAGAACCUCCAGAAAACUAUGGGGUCUGUCAGUGCUAUCGACUGUGAGGCUUGCAAGAAGAGACAAAGCAACAGAAGAGAUCAAUCCACUCAAUGCCUACCCGAACACAAAACUUAUCUCAGUGGCACAAGCAGUGGCUUUGUUGAUGAAUAUGCUAAAUUAGUCAAACUCGAGAAAGAGAAUAAGCUAAUGAGGGAUCUGUGUCGAAGUCGGAUGCGUGAAAUCCAGAAACUCGGAAAAGAAAUAUCUAAACAAGAGUUAAUCAUCUCAGAGAAAUCCAUGGUUGAAACUUCACUUCUGAAAAAACUAUCUGAAUAUGAGAUGACACGAUUAGAAAAGUUCCGGGUGCAAACAACAUCGCCUAUUGAAGAAAGUAAAAACAAUUCUCCCGACAAGAAUAUACGAUCUUUGCCCAAUCGAAGCAAGUCUCCACGUGAAGAGAAUGUCAAGCGCGCAUUGAAAGAAAACUUGUCCUUUAAUAUUUUGGACGGUGCAUCAGCAGUAAAAUCCAACCAUAUUAGCAGCAUAUGGACUCACUACCCAUAGAUUAUAUUCUCUUAUUUAUAUUACUUAUCGGUUGACCAGCAAGCAAUUUAUGAUGAAGAGAUAUCAAUUUUUAUUAUUACGAACGUAUGAAUGAAAAGUGUUGACUAAAGUAACUUAAAGACUUAUUAUUUUUGUAAUAUCUUAUAUAUAGAAUUAUAUGAUGCAUUUUUAGAUUUAAAUACGAUAGCUUUAAAAAUCAAAUAAUAUUUAUAUCUUUGUUUCAAUCAGAGGCCUUAGAAGUGUCUUCAGUUGUAUAAUAAGGUCUCUAAAGGAAUUAUUCCUUUACUUUAUGUACUGCUUUGUAUUUUUUUGUAUUUCGUGACUCCAUUGUUGUACAAAGUAAACUUUCGGUAAAGACUACGUGAUUCGGUAUUGAAAUAUUUGACACACAAGACAACUCCAAGAAGGAAUGUGAAGCGAUCAUUGUGUGUCAAUCUCAUCCAAGUAUUGAAUAAUCCAAGAAUGUACUGCACAAAAUCUUUACUGGAUUUACUUUUGUCUCUAAACCUUUAUACUUAUCUAAGCACAACUUUUACAAUGUCUAUGUAUUUGGUGAAAAAUAUAAUAGUACUAAAAAUUAUAUUUCAAUUGCAUAUACUGGAGUCAUUUGUGGUUAAAAAAAAAUGUAAUCGCACUGAAAAUUACUUA